CACAACCACGUGAAUUACACGUGGUCAUUAAGGCGACGCGUCGUUGCGUCAGUCCUCCCGUCAUGUUCAAGUGAACAAGGAAAGGGCUCGCUCAACAACAACACCUCCCUCAUCAACCACCUCUCAGCCAUGGCCGAUGACAGUGUGCCCCAACCCUUUCCCAACCUUCAGGUUUCCCAGUGGCACUACCAGGUUGCCAAUGUCGAGCGCUUGAGGGAUGAGGCGAGCUCGUCACUGUGGAAGGCAAUCGAGCAGGAUGAAAUGGCGCCCUACGUGCGGGCCAACAACCUGAAGCCUCCCAGCGAGGACCUUCUCCCCAAACUGGAGAAGCGUAACGCUGAAGAGCUUGAGUCACUCGACACAAAGCUGAAAGAUGCGGAAGAGAAUCUCGGCGAGAGUGAGAUUUCAGAACUGUUGCGAUCCAAGGCCAUGUACCUGUGUCGUAUCGGUAACAAGGAGGCUGCGAUCCCCGCACUUGAGACAGCUCUGGAGAAGACGACCGGCCUCGGAGCUCGCAUCGACCUCGUUCUUGCCAUGGUCCGGAUGGGGUUGUUCAGUGCCGACACCCAGCUCGUAGUCAGCAACAUUGCUCGGGCCUCCGACCUGAUCGACUCUGGGGGCGACUGGGACCGUCGCAAUCGCCUCAAGGUCUACCGCGCUAUCCACUGCAUGUCCAUCCGUGACUUCAAGGAAGCAGCCGAGCUGCUCAUCGACUCCCUGUCGACUUUUACUGCCACCGAGCUCAUGACUUACGAGGACUUUGUCGCCCUCGCCGUGCUUGCCGCUGCGGUGGGAUGCGACCGCAAGACCCUCAAAGCCAAGAUUCUUUCGAGCUCAGAAGUGACGGGGUGUCUCUCAUCCAUUACUGAACUGCACGCCCUAGUCGAGUCGCUUUACAAGUCGAGUUACGCGGCGUUUUUCGUUGCCCUCGCCAACGUGGAGCAACGCUAUCUUUUCACCAACCCAAUUCUUGCACCCCACGCUCGCUACUACAUCCGCGAAAUGCGCAUCAAGGCGUACCAGCAGCUUUUGGAGAGCUAUCGUAGCUUGACUCUGGAGCGAAUGAGCCGCUCCUUUGGCGUUAGCGAGGCUUUCAUUGACCGCGACCUGUCACGCUUCAUUGCCAGCGGGCGUAUUGCCUGUACGAUUGACAAGGUCAGCGGUGUCAUCACCACGGACAAGCUGUCGUCGCAGAACAAGACCGCACUCUACGAGCAGUUUCUGAAGCAGGGAGACCUCCUGUUGAGUGACAUGCACAAGCUUCACCGCGUUGUUGGCUAGAUGAUAUAGGCAUCGGCAGUAAGAUGUUGCAUAGGCAGAUGCAUCCGUAGGCAG